UAGUCCAAUCUAAUAGUACCAUCUCAGCUAGUCGCAGCUCGCCACGAAUCGGGAAGCGGGAAGCCCCCUCUCUUUAAAAGGAACAACCCUGACAGCGAAGGAAUCAGAAAAUCGACCCCGAUCGAAUGUCAUCCAUCUUUCUCGAUACACACACGACCUAGUCGCUUGAAUUUGCCCCAUAUUGACCCUAAAGGUUGUCUCUUUUCCCAGCCGUUAUUUCUCGACUUGGCUGCGAGCUUCCCGAAAAUUAGACCCCAUGGCGGAAUCCCUUUCCAUCCCCGAUUCUCAAGGGGCUGCCGCUAAUGACCCCCCACAAGCCACCUCAUCUUUGGCUUCGGCUCCACAAAACGCAUCCCAGAGCGCAGCGCCCAUCGUAGGGCAUCAUGAUGGUGAAUCUUCAGACUCAGACGAGGCAGAGCCUGAAGAAGAGUUCUCGGACUAUGCAGAAGAUUUCGCGAGCGAUACAACAUCGCUAAACUCUGAGAUCACCUCCUACCGAUUUGAGAAUGGACGACGCUAUCACGCCUACAAGGAUGGGGCUUAUUGGGGGCCUAAUGACGAAAUGCAAAAUGAGCAACUAGAUAUUGCUCAUCAUAUGUUUACAUUGCUUCUCGAUGGUAAACUACUACUCGCGCCAAUCAGCGACAACAUACAGAGAGCGCUGGAUGUUGGCACUGGCACUGGGAUUUGGGCCAUUGAUUUCGCAGAUGAAUAUCCUUCAGCACAAGUCAUUGGCACCGAUUUGUCACCCAUACAGCCCGGUUUCGUUCCACCCAAUUUACAGUUCGAGAUCGACGACGCCUCGGAAGACUGGGUCUAUCCAGAGAACCAUUUCGAUUUGAUCCACGUUCGUGCACUGUAUGGUGCAAUCGCGGACUGGCCCGCAUUCUAUCGGAAUGUUCUUAGUCGCUUGCGGCCGGGGGGCUGGUUUGACCAGCUCGAGAUGUCCAUACAAUUUCGAUCGGAUGAUGGCACGGUGACAGACGACCAUGUUCUAGCUGUCUGGUCGAAGACCUUCAUUGAGGCGGGCGAGAAGUUCGGCAAGACCUUUCGCAUUGCCGAUCUUGCUAAGGGCUAUAUGCAGCAGGCUGGAUUUCAUAACGUGACGGAACACCGCAUGAAGUUGCCUGUCGGUCAGUGGAGUCGAGACAAGAAGCUGAAGAAACUAGGCAUGUGGAACUUGGUUCAUUGUGAGCAGGGAAUUGAAGGAUGGGCCAUGGCACUGCUGACCCGAGUCAUGGGAUGGAGCUAUGCCGAAGUGCAGGUCUUCUUAGCCCAGAUGCGAAAAGGCCUCCGUGAUCCGAAUACUCAUGCAUACUUCAACGUGUAAGAUACUGUCGUGUUUAACCUUCUGGACUGGAUGAGCACGAAGCUAACUUAGGAUUGUUUCCAUUUGGGUUACAACAGGGUCGGGGUGUAUGGACAGAAGCCUACAAGUGCCUAUUAGAGUUUGGGGACAAAAUGCACUGCGGCACGGCUGACUGGAAUAAGAACCGAGGAAAUGCAGUGCGCAGGAGACUACUGCAAGCAGGCAGGACUAGCCUGGCAGAGGUGUGCGAAUCGGGGCUCGACCUCACCCGUCAUGAGAGGUCGGGGCGGCCGGGAAUGCU